GUCACUUCUUAGACAGGGAAUCAUGAAGGUAGCCUGGCUGGCCUUCGCAGCAGUCGCUGCCGCACAGCAGGCCCACGUCGGAUCGGGUGCAGUUAUUCAGGGACAUAAGGCAUCGCAGAACCCCAGUGUUACAGAAUGGCUGGGGGUUCCUUUUGCGCAGCCCCCGAUCGGCCAAUUGCGAUUCGCACCGCCCCAGAAAUACACGCCCAGGGGCUUACAAGUUGCCUCGGAAUAUGUAUGAUCGAACUCUCCUCAUGCCCUAUUCCUAUGAACCUAAUUCUCAGCAGAAGAUGCUUGAGGUUUUCGUGAAUAUUUUCUAACAUGAGCACUUUAAAGGGAAACCAGUGCAUGUUUUCGGUGUCAAAGCUGGUCGACUAUCCCGAUAAAACACCGCAAUUUGACAGCAUCUUUGAGGCCUUUGCGGCUAUUAACAACCACACCCAGAGUGAAGAUUGCUUGAAUUUGAAUGUUUGGUCAAGGCUGGACUCGAGUAAACUCAAACCGGUCUAUGUUCAUUUCUACGGUGGCCGAUGGACAAGCGGCACAACCGAUACCCCUUUCUAUUAUGGGGGAGGAUUUGCCGAAGUUGAAGAUGUGAUUGUUGUGACUGUCAACUAUCGCAUGAACAUCUUCGGGUUCCCCGGUCUGCCUGGACACCCUCCUAACCUGGGUCUACUUGACCAGCGGUUGGCAGUUGAAUGGGUCAAGCAAAACAUUCGUGGAUUUGGUGGUGACCCCGAGCGCAUCGUAAUAUCUGGCCAGUCUUGCGGAAGUGCUUCUGUUGACUACUGGGCAUAUGCCUACCAGUCUGAGCCUCUGGUUGCCGGACUGAUCUCGCACUCUGGCACAGCCCUAAGCUUCCCAACCAACAACGCGACGACUGCCGCACAGCAUUGGUAUACAGUUUCUGGUCAAUUAGGGUGUGGAUCUUCAGGAGACGUGCUUCCUUGCAUGAGACAGCAGAAUGCGACUGCCAUUCUCACUGCUGCCAGCGCGGUUAAAGUUCCAGCCACGAACCCUGCUAGGAAGGCGCCAGCUUUCCAACCCACUGUGGACGAUGUCACUGUUUUUGGAGACUAUACACUACUUUCGCAGCAAGGAAAAUUUGCUCGCAUCCCUUACUUGGUCGGACACAAUGCAAACGAGGCGGGAUUCUACAAGAUUGCAGCCUACGCACAGGGCUCUAUACUGACAGACCAGCAAUGGGACGACUUCAAUAUGCAAACUUUCUUCUGUCCAUCUAAUCUCGAAGCUGCAGACCGGAGUCGCCGACGGACACCGGCCUGGAGAUUUCAAUACGACGCGGACUGGGACAACACUCGCCUCUACCCCACGAGUGGAGCGUACCACGGUGUAGAAUUUAACAUGAUUUUUGGCGAGUCUGCUGAAAUCACUGGCAUUGCUGAGUCUGAUGCGCAGUACCAGCUACAGGGCAAGAUGCGGUCGGCUUGGGGAGCUUUUAUUGCUGAUCCGCAACACGGGUUAAAGGCCUUGGGUUGGCCAACUUAUGAUCCAGAGGCCCCAACCCUUGCCGAGAUAGGUCUCAACAAUGACCCCAGUGUGUCUUUUGUAGGCACCAAGGACUCAGCGCAGCGAUGUGCGACACUACUCGCGCAACUAUAACUCAGUCCAGUACUGCCGAUAUCACCUCCUCCAUGUAUGCAAGCAUCUAGUCGGACUUUCUGUCUGUUGUAUAUAAUAUCUCUGCAUGGAAAUUGUGGCAAGUUACCCAGAAUCAAGUUUGUGAAGCGCUAUUUGCAUGCAUGGGACCUUGGCGAAAAUGUCUCGAUUCCCAAAGGUGACCAAUUAAGGCCCAUAAUCAGUAUUUAAGAAGGUGUGAAAAUGGGUUGCAAGGUUCAGACAGCACCAGAUAUCUUUAAAUUUCAACAUAUGAAGGGC